ACGCCGAAGCCACCACUUGUCUGUUGUGCCACCUGGGGAGCUGACCCCGGAGUCCGGAAAGAGCAUCAACCUCCUCCCCGCCCCACCCUCCACCAGUUGGGAAGAUGAUGAGACCCUCACAGAUACCCCAUGGUUGCUAAGAACCUCACCGGGCCGUGGGGCACAGGUCGGGGGAUGUGGGCCCCGUUCCUGCGUCUUCAUCUGUGCCUCUGGGCGCUCGGCCUCCUGCCUCCCACAGCAGCCCUGGAAGAGAUGCUGCUGGACACGACGGGGGCGACUUCCGAGAUCGGCUGGCUCACCUAUCCUCCAGGCAGCUGGGACGAGGUCAGCGUCCUGGAUGACCAGCGGCUCCCCGCGCGGACCUUCGAGGCGUGCCACGUGGCGGGCCCAGGGGGCGAGCAGGACAACUGGCUGCGGACCCACUUCGUGGAGCGGCAUGGGGCGCAGCGGGCCCACGUGCGGCUGCUCUUUUCGGUACGGGCCUGUGCCAGCCUCGGGGCCGGGGGUCGCCCCGCCGGGGGUCCCACCUGCCGCGAGACCUUCACCCUGUACUACCGCCAAGCGGACGGCGACGGCCCCGCGGGCCCGGCCUGGCACCGAGGGCCCUGGAUCAAGGUGGACACCAUCGCGGCGGACGAGAGCUUCCCCGCGCCCCCGCCCUCGGCAGCAGGAGCCGUGUGGGCCGUGGGGACAGAGGACCGGGCCUGGCGGCGGCCCGGCCCGGGCCUGAACAUCAAGGAGCGUGGCUUUGGCCCGCUGAGCCAGCGUGGCUUCUACCUGGCCUUCCAGGACACGGGCGCCUGCCUGUCGCUUGUGGCCGUCCAGGUGUUCGCCUACAAAUGCCCCGCCGUGCUGCACGCCUUCGCGGCCUUCCCGGAGACGCGGGCCGGCGGGGAGCGGGCGUCGCUGGUGGAGGCGGCGGGCACGUGUGUGGCGCAGGCAGAGCCUGAGGCGGAAGGCCCGCCCGGCGGGGUGGGACCCGGGCCCGGGAGUUCCCCACGUCUGCACUGUAACGGCGAGGGCGAGUGGAUGGUGCCGGUGGGCCGCUGCCACUGCCGGUCCGGCUUCCAGCCCGCUGCUGAGGAGCAGGCCUGUCUAGCGUGCCCCGUGGGUUCAUUCAAGGCCGCAGCGGGAGAUGCCUUGUGCACCCCCUGCCCUCCCCGCAGCCAGGCCCCAGAGCCCGGGACCCCCGUCUGCCCCUGUCUGAGUGGUUUCUUCCGGCCCGGCUCGGAUCCCCCGGAUGCCCCCUGCACAGGCCCCCCAUCGGCUCCCCAGGACCUGCGCUUUGAGAUCCAGGGCUCUGAGGUUCUGCUACACUGGCGGCUGCCCCUGGAUCUGGGGGGGCGAGGAGACGUGGUGUUCAACGUGGUGUGCAAGGAGUGCGAGGGCACCGUCUGCCGACGCUGCGGGGACGGGGUGCGCUUCGACCCGUGCCAGCGCGGCCUCUCGGAGAGCCGCGUGCUCGUGGCGGGGCUGCGGCCACACGUGCCCUACACGCUAGAGGUACAGGCCGUCAACGGGGUAUCCGAGCUCAGCCCUGACCCGCCCCAGGCCACCCCUGUCAACGUCACCACCAGCCAUGCGGUGCCCUCGGCUGUCCCCGUGGUCCACCAGGUGAGCAGGGCAGCCGAUAGCAUCACAGUAUCGUGGCCGCAGCCUGACCAGCCUAACGGCCUCAUCCUGGACUAUCAGCUACGCUACUGCGACCAGGCAGAGGAUGAGGCCAGCUCUUCCACACUGACCAGUGAGACCAACGUGGCCACCGUGGCCCAGCUCAGCCCCGGCCACGUCUACGCCUUCCAGGUGAGGGCCCGGAGUGCCGCCGGCCACGGCCCCUACGGAGGAAAGGCCUACUUCCAAACCCUGCCCCGAGGUGAGCAGUCUCACCUGGCUCCAGAGCGGCUCUCCCUCGUGGUCGGCUCAGCACUGGGGGCCCUGGUGUUCCUCGCUCUGGCUGCCGUCGCCAUCCUCACACUCGUCUUCAAGAGGAAACGGCGGCCAUCCGUUUACUCUGAACGACUGCAGCAUCGCAUCAGCUCCCGCGGUCUCGGGGUGAAGCAUUACAUUGACCCGUCCAUCUACGAAGACCCCAACCAGGCCGUCCGCGAGUUUGCCCGGGAGGUGGACGCCGCCCAGGUCAAGAUCGAGGAGGUCAUCGGGACGGGCUCCUUCGGAGAGGUGUGCCGGGGCCGGCUGCAGCCCGUGGGCCGGAGGGAACAGGCGGUGGCCAUCCAGACCCUGCGCGCCGGCUGGACGGAGGGGCAACGCCGGGCCUUCCUGGCUCGGGCGUCUCUGCUGGCCCAGUUCCAGCACCCCAACAUCCUGCGGCUCGAGGCCGUGGUCACCAAGAGCCGGCCGCUCAUGGUGCUGACCGAGCUGAUGGAGCAUGGGCCCCUGGACUCCUUCCUCAGGCAGCGGGAGGGUCAGUUCAGCGUCCUGCAGCUGGUGUCCAUGCAGAGAGGCGUGGCGGCGGCUCUGCUCUACCUCUCGGGACGGGGCUUCGUGCAUCGGGCCCUGGCGGCCCACAGCGUGCUGGUCAACGGCCACCUGGUGUGCAAGGUGGCCCGGCUUGGACACGGCCCCGCCGGCCCCAAGGACGGCUCCCCUCCCUCCUCCAGCCCCGCCCCCCAGGACGGACGGCCCUCGCCGCGCUGGGCCGCUCCAGAGGUGGUCUCCCACAGCAAGUUCACGUCUGCCAGCGACGUCUGGAGCUUUGGGGUGAUCAUGUGGGAAGUCAUGAGCUAUGGCGAGCGGCCGUACUGGGACAUGAGUGACCAGGAGGUGCUGACCGCAGUAGGGCAGGAAUUCCGGCUGCCCCCGCCUCCGGGCUGCCCUGCCCCCCUACACCUGCUCAUGCUGGACACCUGGCACCGGGAGCGAGCCCAGCGGCCUCGCUUCGACCAGCUCGUGGCCGCCCUGGACAAGAUGAUCCGCAAACCGGAUGGCCUGAAGGCCAGUGUGGACCCGGGCGACAGACCCUCCCAGCCCUUGCUGAGCCCCUCGGCACCUGACUUCCCCUCGUUGGACACGCCCCAAGCCUGGCUCCAGGCCAUAGGGAUGGAGCGUUACCAGGACAAUUUCGCCCAGGCUGGGCUCGGAAGCUUCGAGGACGUGGCCCGGCUCAAGCUCGAGGAUCUUCAAGCCUUGGGGGUCACCCUGGCUGGACACCAGAAGAAACUCCUGCACAGCAUUCACCUGCUACAGCUGUAUCUGAGCCGGCCCGGUUCCGUGGAGGUGUGAGCAGGCCGGACAGGCGGCCACUGGCUGUACAGCCAUGGACGUGGACACUCAGGGGCCCUGGGGCCGAUCAGGAGUGGAAAGGGGGCCCGGGGCCCUUUGCUCAGGACUGGCCGCGUACAAAGCCAGCUGGACACACGGGGCCGGAUCAGUUAACCUUCCUCAGCCCGGCCUUAGGGUCACCUCCAGCUUAGCCUCUGGACCCGCCAAACACAUUAAAGGGGAGAAAGGGAUUUUGUCAAGAACGGAA